CUCACGUGACGGGAGGCCUGGCCAGGCCCGGCCGCGGAGGCCGCUGCGAGCGGUACUCUUAAUGGAGCAACCAAUUUUCCAGCGACGAUUUUUUGUCUAAAUGACUUAAAGGCUGAAGCUUGCGGACGGAUUACAGUAAUUUUGCUAUCCUUUCACCAUAGUCUCCAAGAUGGUUGAUUUUCUAGCUGAAAAUAAUCUCUGUGGCCAGGCAAUUCUUAGGAUUGUUUCCUGUGGGAAUGCCAUCAUUGCAGAACUUUUGAGACUAUCUGAGUUUAUUCCUGGUGUGUUUAGGCUAAAAGACAAGGCUGAUCAACAGAAGUAUGGUGAUAUCAUAUUUGAUUUCAGUUAUUUUAAGGGGCCUGAAAUCUGUGAAGGCAAGUUGGAGGCCAGAGCUGAGCUACUGGAUUUAGAUGAAGAGUUCCGUGAAAACAACAUAGAAAUAUUAACAAGAUUUUAUCUGGCAUUUCAGAGCGUCCAUAAAUACAUUGUAGAUUUAAACAGAUAUUUGGAUGAUCUCAAUGAAGGAAUUUAUAUUCAGCAAACACUGGAAACUGUGCUCCUUAAUGAAGAUGGGAAGCAGCUUCUAUGUGAAGCGCUCUAUUUGUAUGGAGUCAUGUUGCUGGUUAUCGACCAGAAAAUUGAAGGGGAGGUCAGAGAAAGGAUGUUGGUUUCCUACUAUAGAUACAGUGCUGCUCGAUCCUCUGCUGAUUCCAAUAUGGACGAUAUAUGUAAACUGCUCCGAAGCACUGGGUAUUCAAGCCAAUCUGGGGCCAAAAGACCUCCAAACUACCCUGAAAGCUACUUCAGUAGGGUACCUAUAAGUGAAACAUUCAUCAGCAUGGUUAUAGGCCGCUUGAGAUCAGAUGACAUUUAUAACCAGGUUUCUGCAUAUCCAUUACCUGAGCACCGCAGCACUGCUCUGGCUACUCAAGCUGCCAUGUUAUAUGUGAUACUCUAUUUCGACCCUUCCAUUCUUCACACACAUCAAGCAAAAAUGAGAGAGAUAGUGGAUAAAUAUUUUCCAGAUAACUGGGUUAUUAGUAUUUAUAUGGGGAUCACUGUAAAUCUAGCAGAAGCAUGGGAACCUUACAAGGCUGCAAAAACUGCCCUCAAUUACACAUUAGAUCUGUCAAACGUCAAAGAGCAGGCAAGCAGAUACGCUGCUGUCACCGAGCGGGUGCAUGCACAAGUGCAGCAGUUCCUCAAAGAGGGCUGCCUGAGGGAGGAGCUCGUGCUGGAUAAUAUCCCCAAGCUGAUGAACUGCUUACGAGACUGCAACGUUGCAAUCCGUUGGCUGAUGCUUCACACUGCAGACUUGGCUUGUGACCCAAAUAACAAGCGUCUCCGUCAAAUAAAGGAUCAAAUUCAAACAGAUUCCAAGUACAGGCCCAAGAUUCUUUUCCAGCUUCUCCUGGAUACAGCACAGUUUGAAUCCAUUUUGAAAGAGAUGUUCAAGCAGAUGCUUUCAGAAAAGCAAGCUAAAUGGGAGAACUAUAAGAAGGAAGGUUCUGAAAGGAUGACUGAGCUUGCUGAUGUCUUUUCAGGAGUUAAACCUCUUACUAGAGUGGAGAAGAAUGAAAACCUGCAGGCUUGGUUUAGAGAAAUCUCCAAACAAAUAAUGUCUCUAAAUUAUGAUGAUUCCACUGCAGCAGGCAGAAAAACUGUGCAACUAAUACAGGCACUGGAAGAGGUUCAAGAAUUUCACCAGCUGGAAUCUAACCUACAAGUGUGUCAGUUUCUUGCUGACACCCGGAAGUUUCUCCAUCAGAUGAUCCGAACCAUCAACAUUAAAGAAGAGGUCUUGAUCACCAUGCAGAUAGUUGGGGAUCUUUCUUAUGCUUGGCAGUUGAUUGAUAGCUUCACGUCCAUUAUGCAGGAAAGCAUAAGGGCCAGUCCAUCUAUGGUAACUAAACUCAGAGCUACUUUCCUAAAGCUUGCUUCUGCACUUGACUUGCCACUGCUUCGUAUUAAUCAAGCAAACAGCCCUGAUCUCCUCAGCGUGUCUCAAUAUUACUCUGGCGAGUUGGUAUCCUAUGUAAGAAAGGUCCUGCAGAUCAUUCCAGAAAGCAUGUUUACCUCCCUUCUCAAGAUUAUAAAGCUUCAGACGCAUGAUAUAAUUGAAGUGCCUACUCGCCUCGACAAAGAAAGGCUACGAGAUUAUGCUCAGCUCGGACCACGAUAUGAGGUUGCCAAGCUAACCCAUGCUAUUUCAAUUUUCACGGAAGGUAUUCUUAUGAUGAAGACUACUUUAGUUGGCAUCAUCAAGGUGGAUCCAAAGCAGUUGUUAGAGGAUGGAAUAAGGAAGGAGCUAGUAAAACGAGUAGCUCUGGCUCUUCACAGAGGACUCAUCUUUCACCCUAGAGCAAAGCCAAGUCAAUUAAGACCAAAACUGAAAGACAUGGCAGCUACAAUGGAUGGGUACCAUCGAUCUUUUGAGUACAUUCAGGACUAUGUCAACAUUUAUGGUUUAAAGAUUUGGCAAGAAGAAGUGUCUCGCAUUAUCAACUACAAUGUAGAACAGGAAUGCAACAACUUCCUAAGAACAAAGAUCCAAGACUGGCAGAGUAUUUACCAGUCUACUCAUAUUCCAAUCCCUAAAUUCACCCCUGUAGAUGAAUCGGUAACAUUUAUCGGUCGGCUUUGCAGAGAAAUACUGAAAAUCACAGACCCAAAAGUCACGUGUUACAUUGAUCAAAUGAACACAUGGUAUGAUAACAAAACUCACCUGGAGGUAACCAACAGCCGCCUCUUCUCAGAGAUCCAAGACACUUUAGGCACCUUUGGUCUGAAUGGUUUGGAUAGAUUGCUCUGUUUCAUGAUUGUGAAGGAGCUGCAGAAUUUCCUCAGCAUGUUUCAGAGACAUAUACUCAGGGACAGAACAGUACAGGAAACAUUAAAAGCUCUUAUGAAUGCUGUCAGUCCAGUCAAAGGAAUUGUAGCAAACUCUAGCAAAAUUUAUUCUGCAGCAGUUGCCAAAACUCAGAAGAUCUGGGCUGCAUAUCUGGAUGCCAUAAUGAAGGUUGGUCAAAUGCAGAUUUUAAGACAACAGAUUACCAAUGAAUUAAAUUACUCCUGCAGGUUUGACUCCAAGCAUUUGGCAGCUGCUUUGGAAAAUCUCAAUAAAGCAGUCUUGGCUGACAUUGAAGCCCAUUACCAGAAUCCAUCAUUGCCUUACCCAAAAGAAGAAAACACACUUUUGUAUGAAAUCACUGCCUAUCUAGAAGCAGCAGGCAUUCGUAACCCAUUGAAUAAGAUAUACAUAACAACAAAGCGGCUGCCUUAUUUCCCCUCUGUCAACUUUCUGUUCCUGAUUUCCCAGUUGCCCAAACUGCAAUAUAACAAAAAUCUAGGAGUAGUGUGCAGAAAGCCAGCAGACCAAAUUGACUGGCUCCCGUUGGUGCUUGGGCUCCUCACGCUGUUGAAACAGUUUCAUUCACGAUACACGGAACAGUUCCUGGCUCUGAUUGGUCAGUUUAUUCGCUCAACGAUGGAGCAGUGCACAAGCCAGAAGAUACCAGAAAUGCCUGCCGAUGUAGUGGGUGCCCUUAUGUUCCUGGAAGAUUAUGUUCGUUACACAAAGUUACCCAGAAGGGUUGUUGAAGCACAUGUGCCUAGUUUCAUUAUUGAUGAAUUCAGGACUGUUCUGUGAACAUGGAAAAAGACUGAGCCUUCCUGCAAGUCCAAAGCCACUGGGUGGGUGGGGAUGUGGAAGAAAAGAGCACUUCACAACUGUAUUUUCUGCGUUUUGGGGCAAUAUCUGUUGCAACUGUUUGAACAAAAUGUAACCAUGCACACUAGUCUGUAUAACUAAUGUUGUUUAAUCACCAUGGUAUCAUCCAGUUUCUGUCGCAUCCAAACAACAGUGCCCUUUUUUACUACAUCUUAUAAAUGCUAUAUGUAAUUGUUUAUGUAUAAAAUCGCUUAGUUUUAUGUUCAGAAAAACUGUUUAUGGACAUUUGAUUUUUGUAUCACAAAUAAAGCAAUAACAGAAAGUAAAGGGCA